AUGCACACGCUGACAAACGUUUCCACGGGUCUAGAUGCAGUGAGCAAGGCGGUCGAAACCGGCUUCGGCGUACUCGCGCCUUCUCGUACGGCGCCUUUGGCUCGUUUGCCAUCUUCUGUCGUCGGCCGAGGAAGCAGAAGCGACGGUCAGGGCAACUUUGCGAAAAGUGUAUUCGUUGGUCUGAAACGACUGGGGGGUGGUAUUUCUAAGGGAAUUAUCGGCCUUUUCGUCAGCCCUGUAAAAGGUUGCAUGGAAGGCGGCGUCGUGGGCGGGUGUAAAGGAUGCGCUCGAGGCGUCGCCGACUUGGUAGCUAAACCGACCGCUGGCGCGUUAGCUCUCGCCUCAAAGACGGUCGAAGGCGUAGCCAAUGCCGCUAAAGGCGUACAGACUGCCGCGUGGGACAUCAUCACCACGAAUAAUGUCUCAAAAGCGUGCAUUAAACGCCUCCCCAUCGCCGUGCGAUCGGAUGGCAUCAUUCGAAGAUGGGAUGCGCACGACGCGUUGGGUGUUUAUUGCAUGCGCACAUGCGUCGUGUCCAGUCGAACACUGGGCAUUUCUUACUGUCCGGGCGUGAAAGACUCAUUCUCCUCGAUGCAUGACAUUUUCGGUGAAUAUUUGUUGCUUGUCACCGACAAGCGCGCGUUGUGCGUUCGGACGCCGGAGAUGGACGGGGCCAUGCCGGCGCGCGCGCCGACUUGCGCGUGGUACAUCUCUUGGAGUGAUGUGAGCUCGAUAUGGAUCGAAAACUCUGUGAUCAUAAAGUUGCAGAUGAACGUCACGAGUGAGGGCGACACUUCCAACCUGGGUGCGCAGAAGCGUGAAACCGAAUCUUGUUUUUCGAUUCGCGCUAGAGCCCAAGACGAGGCGGCGAACAUCGAAGCCGCGAUGCGUCAAAGCUGGAACGCCUACCUGGAUACAACAGAAGAAGAAUAG